ACACUUUCUCCCACAGUUUGCUUGUUACAUAACCUAACGCAGCAGCUCCUGUCAAAGUUUUCAUUUAACGCGUGCACAAACAAAUAAGCAAAACAUCAAUCGCAAGGUGAAGAAUGUUAUUUCAAGUGUGUCGUCGUUUGGCUACCGCUAGGGGCACUCGCUUGUUUAGUAAUGGAGGCAGCAUGUACGAACCCGACUAUUUGGAGAAACUUCGUCCAAAGUAUCCAGUAUACAAUGCACUUAACUUCACCAUCAAGGGCUACGAUUAUCCGAUCCUAGAGAACUACCAAAAAUUCAUGUACAACGUUGCGGACACGAUGGAUCUCGACACAGUGGACUGUUGGGCUCAACCACCCCGGAAGUUCAAUGUUCAAAGGUUCAAACCAGCUUCGGCGAUUAUCGAAAGUGAAUAUAAGCUAACAGUGUACGAGCGGAAUGUGCAGAUAACGAGCCUCCAAGCGCCACUCUAUCCGAUGUUCGUACGAAUUCUGCAAGCAGCCCUUCCUGAAGGGGUGACUCUGACGGUCAGUGAACAUACGCCCGAUGUGGAGGACGCUCGCUUUGUUCCGGAUCGUGAUUUACUCGAGCUGAAGCAAAAAUUAGACGAAAUGGGUGGGUCUCGAGAAAGGAAAUAAAACUGUGAACUGUGUGAAUUAGAUUACCUAACACGAAUAAAUUCUUUUGUCAACAUAGAAAAACAUGAAAAUACAAAAUAUUAUGAAUAGUGGA